AUGGAUGAUCUAGAGGAUAGAUGGGAUAAACUGCAACUAACGGAGGAGGAGAAUGCUGUGAUUGAUCUUAAUGCAGUACACUUGGGGAGGGUGAAGGCAGAGGGAGAUAAGAGUCUUGUAGGAAAACUGAUCUCAGAUCGUAAAGUUAACAAGGAAGUGAUUAGAUCUAUGAUGAAUAAGAUUUGGAGAUUGGCAGGAUCGUUCACCUUUCAUGAUAUUCUUCCAAAUCUAUUUGUAGUAACUUUUGACAACCAGAAGGAUAAACAGCGUGUUCUGGACGGAAAACCUUGGUUGUUUGACAAUCAACUACUAUUGCUGAAACCUUUUGAUGGUUUUACCCCUCCGCAGAAGAUGAAUUUUGACUACGAGGCCUUUUGGGUGCAUCUGAACAAUUUACCACUGGCCUAUAUGAAUCUAGAAGUUGGAACUCAGAUUGGAAAAACUAUUGGAAAUGUAAAAGAAGUAGACGUACGUGAAGAUGGGAUAGGAUGGGGACGGUACUUGAGAGUGAAGAUUGAAUUAGACCUGAGGAAAUCGAUAGCACGGGGAAGAACUGUGAACGUGCUGGGAUCCAAAAUUUGGGUGCCUUUGAGCUAUGAAAAACUUCCUAAAAUUUGUUUCAAAUGCGGAAGAUUAGUGCAUGGAGCAGAAGGUUGUGUAGGAUUGGAUGGGAGGGGUGGUGGAUCUCAAUAUGGUACUUGGCUUCGAACUUACCACACGGAUAGGGGGAAUUUUACAGAAAAUAAUAGGUAUAGUUCCAGAUAA